GGUUCAAAAACAUCGAAAUUAAAAGGUAUUCCUAAAUUAGAUGAUGCUAAUGAUGCUGAAACAAAAAAUUCUCAAUAUUGUACAUUAAUUGUAACUGAAGGAGAUUCAGCUAAAGCACUUGCUGUAGCUGGACUUGGUGUUAUCGGUCGUGAUCGUUAUGCUGUUUAUCCAUUAAAAGUUAAAAUUCUUGGUUUAAAUUAUGGUGAAAAAUAUAUCAAUAAAAGUGAUUUAUCGAAAUUACAUUAUGGUAUAUUAAUGAUUAUGGCUGAUCAAGAUCAAGAUGGUAGUCAUAUAACAAGUCUUGUUAUUAAUUUUAUUCAUUGUAAAUGGCCAAAUUUAUUAAAACAUGAUUAUAUUGAAGUAUUGAUAACACCAAUUCUUAAAGUUUCAAAAGGUUUGGGUACAUCAACAGCUAAAGAAGCUAAAGAAUAUUUUUCGAAUAUGGAUCGUCAUCGUAUUAUAUUUAAAUAUGAUUCAAUAAAAGAUGAUUUAGCUAUACAAUUAGCAUUUAAUAGUGCAUUAAGUGAUGAUCGUAAAGAUUGGAUUAAAUGGCAUACUGAAGAUAUUAAUCAAAGACGUGAACAAAAUUUACCAGCUGAUUAUUUAUAUAAAAAAGAUACAAAACAAAUAAAUUUUAAUGAUUUUAUUAAUAAAGAACUUGUUAUUUUUUCUAAACCAAGUACUGAACAUGCUAUUCCAAGUAUUAUGGAUGUUCUUAAACCUGAUCAACGUAAAAUCAUGUUUGUUUGUUUUACAAAAAGUUUAAUAUGUGAAAUAAAAGUUGCACAAUUAGCUGGUAAAUUUUGUUCACGUCUUUGA